AUGCUCGAAAUCAAGGAAUCUCAGGCAGCUCCCAGUAGUUUCGGGGAACACUUAUGGCAAUACACAGGCACGGAUAUUUCUGUGACUUCAGCCCCACGCAAAACAAGCUUAACGCCACCGCAACUUCUGCUUCAAGUCGAAAACUGUACCCGUAUCGAAAGUUAUGGUGAAAAAGCAGUCGUCCUUAACGUUGCACUCCGUCAACCGAUUCGCUCGAUAUUCUGUGUGGCUAACGUGCCAUAUCCAAAUAUCGUCGCAGACCUAAUCCACACGUACGAGAUAAUAGUUGAACUCAGACGGGGUUGCAUGAUUGACCCCAACACCGGUUCACAAAGCAAGGGCUCCUACGCAACGGCUCAGAUCACAACCAUCAUAGCUCUCAACGAAGCAGGUAAAUUUACAGAAGCCCUAAAAGAGUUUCCUGAACUGCUUGGUAACCCGUCGAAUCGCACGGCUAAGAAGCACUCGGUUAAGCACUUCAUUUCCAUCACUGGACCACCAUGUGUAGAACACUAUAACGUUGAAGCAGAAACUGGAAAACGGGUACAGUGCAUCCGGUCCGAUAAUGGAUUAGAGUUCGUCAACAAAGAUAUGGCCGAUAUAUUUCGUAAAAGAAAAGUGGUUAAUCAAAAAUCAACACCAUAUACGCCAGAACACAAUGGUCGCGCUGAAAGGGAUAUGAGGACAAUUAUCGAAGGUGGACGGUAUAUGAUUCAUGCCAAGGAAUUGAGCCUGAAAUACUAG